GGGCUUUUCUAGGUUGUUAUGGAAGAUGUCAUUCUUAAUACGACGAGGAGCAAUGUUGAGCGCUACAAAGACAAUAUCAUGGACCGUUGCUAGGUAUACAAUGGGUAUUUGAAUAUAAACGAAUUGUUUAAGAAGGCAUAUAAACAACUUAAUUCAAUCGACAAGAACACUGUCUUUAUAUUGCAAAGAAGAACAGCGUAGCUAGCUAACUAUUAGCAUUACAUUGUCUAUCGAUGUGGGGUCAAGCUUAGCUUACAUCAGCUAGUUACAUAUACGUUUGAUUGCUGUUAAAAAAAACAUUUAUGUCCUAUUAUCUAAUCAGACAAAUACCUUGGACUUAGUCAACACUGUAUGUAUAUUGCUCUAACGUUAGUUACAAUUGGGUCUAGCCAGCUGUCAUGAUCUGCUGAGCCUUUACAUGACCCCUUCCCUCCACCUUGAGCCUCUUUGGUGUUCUGUUUUUUCUUACAGGGCCUCAUUUCCCCUUCUCACCAAUGUGGGCCAACCAAUAUGGCUGAGAUGUCCCCAAAGGUCCCAACCCCUCUACACAAGUAUCUCAUGCUUGAGCAGCACAUCAGCCCAGGAGAAACCAGCAGAGUCCAGUCCAGUUGAAGAGAAAGUAUAUCUCAGUGCAUCAUGUGUUAAGGUUAGGGCAGUUAUUCACACAAAAAAUCAUAUACUGUACUCUAUAAACAGUAUAAUGUAACUUCUUAUUUAAAUCCAUCCCCAUAUGUGUGGGCUGUAAAGCUCUAGUGUCUUUCUCUGAGCACUCACUUCCUCUUUCAUCAACACUGGUGGAUGAUCAAGGGAUACAUGGACACUCCACAUGUCAAGGACUGACCUAAUUACCCUUUUCUCUAUCUGUGUCUUCAGAGGCUAAGAGAGAUCAUGGAUAAGGGAGAGUACCUGAGAAUACAGGUGGAAGGGGGAGGCUGCUCUGGGUUCCAGUACAGGUUUAUCAUUGGCAGUACUAGGAACGAGGAGGACAGGUAAUUGUCAUUGAUGUAUCAGUCGCUCUGUUAUCAUUCAAGAAUAACUAAUUGUUGAUUAACUGAAUGAAUGGCAUGCAGCAGUAACACAAUUAUGUGUAGUAACACAAUCACUGUUAUCUGAUCAUAUCUGUUUGUUAUCUGUUUGUCCUCAAUCCCUUCCAACACAUUUUUGUUCAAUUCUAAACUCUCUCUCUUUCAGGGUGUUUGAGCAGGGAGGGGUAGGGGUCAUUGUGGACCAAGACAGCCUGGAGUUUGUGAAAGGCUCUACACUGGACUAUACUCAGGAGCUGAUUCGCUCCUCCUUCCAGAUGCUGAAAAACCCCCAGGCAGACCAUGGCUGCUCCUGCGGAACCUCCUUCUCAGUCAAGUUAUGAGACUCUGGGUCUGAGACUUGCAGCUCUCAACCCCUCAAUGUAGGCAUUUCAUUUGAAAUUAUAUAUUCAGAAACCAUGUUUUCACAGGUGCAUAAAAUAUUCCACAAUUCACAGAUGAUCCUCGUAACAACUCUGCAACUAACAACAUUGAAAGAAUGGUAUAGCCUAUAUUUAGGGAAGGUAUGCUUGGUUACAAAUUUAACAAAAGUGGAUGAGAAUCAGAGACGUGCUUGGAUGUAUUUACAAAUAGAUGGAUUGGUUUUCAGUGUUCAGUUUCACUACGAUAUUAAAAACGAUGUUAUAUUGAUUAAUUAUAUAUUUAUACUGAAUUAAGAUUCUGUUUUGGAAUAGUUUGAAUGUAAAAGAGUGUAUCCCAUAAAGAAUGUAGGUCAUGUCUAUGAAUAAAAGUGUCAAAAUGACAUCAAA